AUGCCUAAGGGAAAUAGGAAGAAGCAACAGCGUGAAAAAGCAGUCGCAGAGGCUGUCCUUCAGCAAGAAAUCAAGAAGAGUGAGGAAAAAAUACCAGAUAUCGUUCCAAAUUCAGCACUCUUCAAAGAAGAUGAUGGACUUGUUGAAAAAAAGAAAGUGAAAAUUCCACUUCAUCCACGUCCAAAUAUAGAAAAGAGACCAGCACCACCGAAAACAGAACUUGUUGACCUUUGGGGCGAAGAACCAGUUCAAAAGAAAUACAAACCAAAUAAAUACGAAAACAGAGUCAAUCAGAAGCCAAAGAAAGCUAAUUUACCAACAUCAGAUGAAUCUUACAACUCCGCAAAACUUAUUACCCAACCAAAGAAACCACAGAUCGAAGAAACAGAAACUGUUACUGCCGUUGAUCCAGCUGAAGAAGUCCAUGAUGAAGAAUAUCAUGAUGGCAUCGGAGAUUACCUUGAAGGUGAUGUUCCUGCUGUUCCAGAUAAUCUUGAUAAGAUUAUUCCACCAAAACCAGAUCCAAAGCCAAAGCACGACCUCAUUCUCAAUGCAUACUUACCAGAAAACAUGCCUGUUGCUGAAAAAAUGCGCAUUAGAAAGAUCAUCAAAGAAAAUAAUCGUAUUGCUAGACAGAGAGUAGAAGAUGCUCUUGUUCCUGAAUUCGAAAAUACAAAGCAAGCUGCUAAGGAAGUAGAAGAAAGGAAUAAGGAAAUCGCAUCUCGUCCAAAGAAAGAAAAGGUCAGCCAUUUAGAAAAGUAUAUUGCUGACGAACCUCUUUAUGAAGCUGAAAAGGUGCCAGAGUCUACCGCUGAAAUUACUGGUGAUAGCAAAGCUUUCACAAGACUUCAGAGAUCUUUAGAAGUUCGUGGUGUUGUUCCUCUCCAUCAAUAA